CUUUCACUCAGGUUCUUCUCAUUUUCUUCUAUGAAUUCAUUCAUCAUGCCAGGUCUUUCUUUCCUCCUAUCCAUGCGAUCUGCUGCGCUGGGACUCGGCCUCUUGGCUCUGUCACCCGCGGCGACAAUCGCUGCUCCACUAUCAACUGUACCUCGUCAAGAUGCUAGCUCUAGGCAGCGGGCCGACGAUCUCUGCAGCUCCAUGAAUGCUGACCCUGCAGAUGGUUUCCAGAGCAUUACCACGCUACCUACGGAGUCUGGGUACUCCACUGGAAUAGAUAUCAACUGGUAAGUGAUCUAUGGUACGCCCCCGCCUGGAAGCAUAUAAAUGAACCUCUGUAGGUCUGCCACUUGCCAUAAGCAGGCCAGCUGUAUCGUGAGACCCGAAGAGACAAGUCAGCUGCAGCGACUUGUCCAGAGGUUGGUCGAGAACGAUGUAAGAUUCGCUGUCCGCAGCGGUGGCCACUCGCCUAAUCUACUCGCGGCGGCCAUAGAAGACGGUAUCCUCAUCGAUAUGUCGGGCUUCGACGAGGUCACCAUUGACAAGGAUAACGGUGUCGUAGUCGUUGGCUCCGGACAGAGAUGGGGAGACAAGAUCUUCCCGGCACUCACCGCCGAAGGCCUGAUGGCCGUUGGAGGUCGUGUCCCAGCAGUCGGUGUUGGUGGCUUCUUGCAAGGUACUGGUCUAUCAUAUCUAUCCGGCCGUUACGGUCUUGCCUGCGAUAAUGUCAAAAACUUCGAAGUUAUCCUUUCCGACGGUUCCCUCGUCAAUGCCAACACGGACGAGAACCCCGACCUUUUUAAAGCCAUGAAGGGUACUGGCAACCAAUUUGGUAUUGUCACCCGGUUCACCAUCUAUACCUAUCCUCUAGGCCAGAUCUGGGGUGGUCAGAAAUUCUACGGCCCUGAACAACUCCCCGCGCUCUUGCAAGCUUCCCUCGAAUUUCAACAAAACGCUGCUUUGCAUGACGUUGACGCCAGCAUAAUGCUUCUAUACUUCCCGACUGGUCCAGACGCUGGCGGUGUGCUGAGUAUGGUCUACCUCAAACCUGAGGCUAAUCCUCCGGCCUUCGCUCCCUUCGAGAACAUUCCCACGACGGACGAUAACACAAAAAUCCAGUCUCUUACCUCGAUGAUUGCCGGCGCGCCCGUGCCCCCGAACCCACGCUGGGACUGGUGGAACGUAAACUUCAGGCCUACAGCGGCGAUCUAUGAUCAUUUUCAACCGCUCCUCCAGGGUCAGCCUGUUGAAACCAUUUCGUCUGUUAAGAACAGCACAAUCGCGGUUGGGCUCAACUCCAUCGGACCGAACGUAAUUCAGCGUGGCAUAGACAUGGGCGGAAAUCUCCUUGGCAACACGGUCGAGGCGCAGACGUGGUUUGCGAUCAAUGCUGGGUGGGCGAAUGCAGCUGACGAUGAGACCGUACAUACGGCGGGCGGAGAGCUUAUCAGGCAGAUGAGAGAUGUAACGAUCAAGGAAGGCGAGCAUAUCGAGUGGCUGUUUCCCAAUGAGGCGAAUCAUGAUCAACAGGUCACCGGCUCAUUUGGCGUACAGAACGUGGAGGAGCUAAGGAGGGUGAGAGAUAAGUACGAUCCUCAGCGCGUCUACCAGAGGCUUUUGCCAGGGGGUUUCAAGAUUCCAGGCUCGUGAUGGCAGAGAUCCCUUCGCGGAGAGGGUCUCUAGAGUGCUAUCAGCAACAACACAGCUUAACAUAGUAUACAUAUUGCUCG